AUGACACCGGCGCAAUCAGGAUUCCUUUACUACUCAGGUCCGGACCGCCACCUGGACUACAGGACUUUGUUCAGUGAUGCUCCUGACUACAGGACUUUGUUCAGUGAUGUUCCUGACUACAAGACUUUGUUCAGUGAUGCUCCUGACUACAGGACUUUGUUCAGUGAUGCUCCUGACUACAGGACUUUGUUCAGUGAUGCUCCUGACUACAGGACUUUGUUCAGUGAUGCUCCUGACUACAGGACUUUGUUCAGUGAUGCUCCUGACUACAGGACUGCGUUCAGUGAUGCUCCUGACUACAGGACUUUGCUCAGUGAUGCUCCUGACUACAGGACUGCGUUCAGUGAUGCUCCUGACUACAGGACUGCGUUCAGUGAUGCUCCUGACUACAGGACUGCGUUCAGUGAUGCUCCUGACUACAGGACUUUGUUCAGUGAUGCUCCUGACUACAGGACUUUGUUCAGUGAUGUUCCUGACUACAGGACUUUGUUCAGUGAUGUUCCUGACUACAGGACUCAAUAUCAGGACUCAACGACUGUGAUCCAGGAUGCUCCUGACUAUAAGACUGCUGUGGUCCAGGAUGCUCCUGGCUACAGGACUCAAUAUCAGGACUUAAGGACCGUGGUCCAGGAUGUUCCUGACUAUAAGACUGUGGUUCAGGAUGCUCCUGACUACAGGACUUUGUUCAGUGAUGUUCCUGGCUACAGGACUCAAUACGUUACGGUCCAUCAGGACUCAAGGACCGUGGUCCAGGAUGCUCCUGACUAUAAGACUGUGGUCCAGGAUGCUCCUGGCUACAGGACUUUGCUCAAGGAUGUUCCUGGCUACAGGACUCAAUACGUUACGGUCCAUCAGGACUCAAGGACCGUGGUCCAGGAUGCUCCUGACUACAGGACUUUGCUCAAGGAUGUUCCUGGCUACAGGACUCAAUACGUUACGGUCCAUCAGGACUCAAGGACCGUGGUCCAGGAUGCUCCUGACUACAGGACUUUGCUCAAGGAUGUUCCUGGCUACAGGACUCAAUACGUUACGGUCCAUCAGGACUCAAGGACCGUGGUCCAGGAUGCUCCUGACUACAGGACUUUGCUCAAGGAUGUUCCUGGCUACAGGACUCAAUACGUUACGGUCCAUCAGGACUCAAGGACUGUGGUCCAGGAUGUUCCUGACUAUAAGACUGUGGUCCAGGAUGCUCCUCGCUACUCGACCGUGACUGCGACCCAGAAUGCCGUUUAGUUUACGUUCUAGGGAAGGGAAGGUCAAGGUCAAGGAAAAAGCAAAAUUCUAACCUGACAUUUUGUUUGCAUUGAAAGGGUGUCGACUGUCGAUUUGAUAUAGUUUGUCACGGGGAAUACAAUGGUGGUCUUAGCUUUGCGCUACGUGGCCUAAAACGGCUAAAAUGGAGAUUGAAAAUUGGCGUAAACAAUUUUUUGUUGCCAUGAGUUUUCCGAAAAUUAAGCUAACUCAGACAGACUCGCCGCUCAGUCAGACUCGGGUAUAACGAGCACAUUCGAGAGGUCAAAAACUUAAAACAAGACACCCCUUUUGGUCUCCAUCAAACAAAACAUCCUGAUGUUCAAAUUAACAGCAGCAACGUCUCCAUUCAACUUCUUCAUGUGUCAAGAGACGGCCCAAACCGAAAGAUCUGGAUAUCAAUCUCAACAUUCGAUGUCUAAAAACAAUCGUGAACACUCAAAUCUCCUUUUGGCCUCUAAUCUGUACCUACUUGUAUCUGACUGAUGGUGAACUGGAGAGUUGCGACAUCGCGUGUGUUUGUGUGUAAAUUCGACCGUUGUUGUACGAGUUUUUUUUUAUCCCGGUAAUGGUUAACUUUAUCGACUUUUUAUUUUGGAUUAGUCAUGGACAGCCAAGGUGUUGUGUGUUUGUGUGUGUGUCUAUCAGUCUGCUGGGAAGAAAUAUAUAGUUUUGCCGGGCGUUA